ACGUAGGACGCUCACGCCCCAAGAUUAUCAGUUGCGGAUUUGCUGCUCUCCUCUGGCUGAAUCUGUUCGGCCAGCCAAUGCAGCUAUACUAGAGGCCUCUCUCUGCCUGUACUUCCUGCGUAUGCUAUAAGUUUACAGUACAUAUCAGCUCAUUUGUGUUCAGGCACGCUAGUUGCUACUUUCACCAGAUGCACAGGUAUCGGCUGGUGUGUGCAGAUGACUCAUCAGGAGCAGCAGGAGAUCCUGUUUAGGGAGAGCCUGGAGGCAGCUAUGUCCUGGAUGAAGGCCGUCCAGGAGCGGCUCCGGCUCAACGACAACACCCAGGGUCCCCGGGCCGCCCUGGAGGCCAGACUCAGAGAGACAGAGAAAAUCCACCAGUCGGAGCACGAGGGUCAUUUGAAGUUUGACAAGGUGCUUGUGGCUGCAGAGGUCUUACUGCAGAACGGUAACCAGGAGACGAGGAACAUCACCCAUGCCAGACUCAAAGAACUCAAAGCAUUAUGGGAGGAGACCUGCACCUACAUCAUCCACUGCCACAGCCGUAUAGAGUGGGUGUGGCUGCACUGGAGUGAGUACCUGAAGGCCUAUGAGGAGUUUGAGAUGUGGCUGGUCAGCGUGUGUCGCAGUCUGGAGCCGGAGGUGGAGCUGCAGCUGGGGGUGAAGGAGAAAUUGUGGCAGGUAGACAACCAGCGCGUCCUGCUGAGUGACGUCCAGAACCAGGCACUGUUGCUGGAGAGGCUGGUGGACGAGGCUGCAGCGCUGAACAACCGCAUCCAGGAUCCCAGUGUGGACCAGGAAGCACAGGAGAGACUCCAUCUGGCCUAUAACAGCAUACGGGACAAGGCUGAUGAGAGGCUGUCGGUGCUGCAGAAGAUGGCUGAAGAGCACCAGAUGUACCAGAGAGACGUCCUGAAGUUCCAGGCCUGGCUGGUGUCCAAGACUAAGGAGCUCAACACCCUCACUGAGACAGAGGACACAGCCGAGAACAAACUCCGAGCCCUACAGACCCUGGAUGACAACGUGGCCAGUGAGGAGAGGACGCUGCAGCACAUUGAGGUCAUGGCGGAGGCAGUGCGGGCCAACACGUCCCCCGGGGGGGCAGAUGUGGUGGUGGAGGAAGCAGAGGAGCUGCGUCUGGACUGGCAGAGGCUGAGACAGAGCCUGUGUGAGGCCGGAGAGAGCCUGAAGAGCAGCCUGGAGUCUCAGAGCCAGUACCAGAGCCGCUGCCAGCGUCUAGGGGAGGACAUCGGCCAGCUCCGGGGCCUGCUCCACAGACUGACCAGAGACCUGGAGACAGCCAGGGAGGGAGACAGGACCGGAGAUCUGGAGACAGCCAGGGAGGGAGACAGGACCGGAGAUCUAGAGACAGCCAGGGAGGGAGACCGGACCAGAGACCUGGAAACAGCCAGGGAGGGAGACAGGAUUGAGGAACAGAUGGUUGGGCAGUGGAGGAAAUACAUGAACAUCCGGAAUACUUUAUUGGCAGAGGAAUCCCAGGUGGAGCGCCUCAAGGCCCAGCUUAAAGAACUCUUCCACUUUUCCCAAGAUUCCCAGCAUCUCUCUGACGACGUCCUGGCUGUGGUGAAGGAACAGCAGAGUGUGAAGUGUCGUGCUAUGAAGCUAUGUGUGGAGUCAGAGUUGGGUCUGAGACAAGUGCUGCAGGACCCUCUGCAUGGAUUCUCUCAGUGGAGUCAGGUUGUCUCUCAAGUGCUGGAGUCUUCUGCUGAAGUGUCUGAGUUCUCACACGUCACCAUGCUGGUGCAGAACAUCCAGAGGUUGCUGAAGCACAGUCUGCAGCUGCAGGAGCAGUUGCGUUUGAUGCUGUUGAAGAGAGAUCUGCUGUGUUCAGUGUUUGGCUCAGACAGCGCAGAGAGUCUAAUGACAGCGCUCAAUGACACCGUGAGGAAAAGGGAGGUACUGCACAACCAGCUGCUGCAGAGGAAAGCAAGACUGCAGGGUUUGAUCUCAAGGACAAAGGACUUUGGGGACGCCUGCAAGUCAAUCAGGAACAAGCUGACCCUGCUGAGAGAGAGACUGAUCUCAGCAGACAGCCUCCAGCCGGACAUACUGGCCAAGAAGAGCCAGUCAGACCAGCAACGGGUGAUCAAGAAGGACUUGGAGGACUGUGAGGACCACAUCACAGCCCUGGAGACUCUGGUGUCGUCUAGCUCUGCUAACAGGACACAGUUUGAGAGGCUUUACGGGGACUGGAGAAACCUUUACAAGUCCAUCAGGGUAAAGGUGAAGGAGAGUGAGGAGAGCAUCGGGGGGCACGAGAGUUUCCACGUGAGCCUGCUAAACGUGGAGAAGUGGUUGAUGAUUAUGAGGCAGAAGCUGGAGUCCUACCGCAGUUCUACUGGGGAGUGGAGCCUGGACAACAGACAGCAAGAGGCUGAGAGGGCACUAGGUGAGUUCCCAGAGAAGGAACUGCAGCUGCACCAGACAGAGGUUCAGGGCCAGGGGGUGCUGGAGAGGACCUCUGAGGAGGGCCGGGUGCACAUCCUCAGGGACAUGAAGCACCUGAGGGAGUCCUGGAUGGCCCUCCAUGACCUCAGCCUCAACCUCUUCAGGCUGCUGAAUGGGCACAGCUCUGAGGACCCUGACUUAGACACCCAGAGGGAGUGGGUGAGAGGCCAGGCUGGGGAGAGGCCAGGCCCAGGCAGGGAGCUCUUUCCUGGGGAGGGAGGAGACAUGAUCAAGGGUAGUGGCUCCAGCAGAAGUAGGGAGGGUGCUCCAGAGAGAUCCCCAGGAGAGGGCCAUGGGGUCUGGCUCUCUCAGAGCUCUGGGGUAGGGGCUGGGAGAGGGGGAAGAACAGGGUCAGGAGGAAGGUUGGAGCGAGGGGAAGGAGGGGAGAGUUUUGGAGCAGAAGAGGGUAUUUGGGUCGAGGGAGCGUUUGAGGGCAGUAUGGAGGUUAUGGAUCUCUCUGAACAUAGGGAGAGACAGGGCAGGGAUCGACAGACUCUUGGUCAACAACUGAGCCCUAUGACGAUAACCUUGGCGGGCAGUCAGAGACGGGGACAGGGCGGUGGGAGUGGGGACGGGGAGAGGGAAAGGGAGAAGGAGAGGGGUGGUGGUGAGCACAGCCUGGGUGUAGAGGAGGGGGACUCCUCCAUCGUUUGGAGAGGGGGGUACGGUCAGAGGGGAGAGGAGGGAACCACAGGGAUGACAUCAGGCCACACAGGGGGCAGAAGCACCCAUGGUGGAGGAGGAUUGGUGGUGGUGGACUCUGGCUCCAGGGUUAGCAGGGUGGUGGUGGACUCUGGCUCCAGGGUAAGUGGGGUGGUGGGGGACUCUGGCUUCAGGGUUAGCGGGGUAGUGGGGGACUCUGGCUCCAGGGUUAGUGGGGUAGUGGGGGACUCUGGCUCCAGGGUUAGCGGGGUGGUGGUGGACUCUGGCUCCAGGGUUAGCGGGGUAGUGGGGGACUCUGGCUCCAGGGUUAGCGGGGUAGUGGGGGACUCUGGCUCCAGGGUUAGCGGGGUAAUGGGGGACUCUGGCUCCAGGGUUAGCGGGGUAGUGGGGGACUCUGGCUCCAGGGUUAGCGGGGUAGUGGGGGACUCUGGCUCCAGGGUUAGCGGGGUAGUGGGGGACUCUGGCUCCAGGGUUAGCGGGGUAGUGGGGGACUCUGGCUCCAGGGUUAGCGGGGUAGUGGGGGACUCUGGCUCCAGGGUUAGCGGGGUGGUGGUGGACUCUGGCUCCAGGGUUAGCAGGGUAGUGGGGGACUCUGGCUCCAGGGUUAGCGGGGUGGUGGUGGACUCUGGCUCCAGGGUUAGCGGGGUAGUGGGGGACUCUGGCUCCAGGGUUAGCGGGGUGGUGGGGGACUCUGGCUCCAGGGUUAGCGGGGUGGUGGGGGACUCUGGCUCCAGGGUUAGCGGGGUGGUGGUAGUAGAUGUGUCUGGGUCCAGCAGUAGUGGGCAGACAGAGGAGUGGGUGGUUGGGCAGAGGUCCAGAGGAAUGGCUGAAUCCCUGGCCAUGGAGGUAGAUGUGGGGUUAGGGUCAGGCUCUGGGUUAGAGCACGGCAGCAGAGGCAACUACGACAAGGGAACAGGUGGAAUGAGAGACCACAGUGAAGGGGGACAUCUGCGACACAGAGGCUUUUUCCCGCCUAUCAAGACCAGGAUGGAGGAUUCAGUCAUGGAUGGUCUCACCCUGUCAUUCCAGCAAGGCACUGCUAGAAAACCCUCUGGAAGGCUACAGGGCUCAAGUCACCACACCACGGCAGAUGUUGGGGCAACCCUGAGUGCAGGGGACUAUGAGGACAGGAGGAGGGAGUUUGAGGCCUGGCUACAGAAGGAAAACGAUACACUCUCAGGGAUUCUGAGCACAGAGGGACUGCUGAGCACCAAAGAACUCAAGAUCAGGCAGAACACACUCAUGACCUUGCGGUCCAGUGUAGACUGGGGUCAGGAGCAGUUCCAGCUACUACUGAUGGCUUGGGCUGUAGCCGGGGCCAGGGCUGACCGUGGGGCUGAGGAUGUGGGCAUGGAGGAGAUACGUUAUCGCUGGAUGCUCUACAAGUCCAAACUGAAGGAUGUAGGAGACCUCAAGGCCCUGUUGAAUGUCAAGGGUGCCGGUGCUGCUGGCCGAGAGGAACACACCAGGACAGCUAAGGAGAAGACUCCAGGCCUGCUGUACCGUGUGUGUCGGGUGGCCCUGCCCCUCUGGCUCCUGCUGUUGGCUCUGCUCCUCUUUGCCUUCUUCCUGCCCUGGAUGGACGAAGCCUCCAGCUGCUCUCUGUCCAACAACUUCGCCCGCUCCUUCAACAUCAUGCUCCGUUACCACGGACCUCCACCCACAUAGAAAGGAGAUAUAGGAUUAUGAAGACCAUUGCUCUUCACCCUCAAUCCAUUCUCUGCGUGUGUGUCAGUUUGGGUCAGUGAGUGUGUGUCAGUUUGGGUCAGUGAGUGUGUGUCAGUGUGUUAAUGCGUUUCUGCUGUGUGUGUGUGGGUGGGUGACCUCAGCUGUUCUCACACAGUCAGGCCAAUUCAGCUCCUCUAUCACACAGGCUGGCAGCA